ACCCAACUGCUGUAAACCCACACCGGCGGCCAAGCAGCCUCAAUUCGUGCAUGCACCCACUUCCCAGCAAAACAGAGCUCCCAAGUUCCUCCUGUUUAGAAUUUUUGAAGCGGCGGGACACCAGGCUGUAGUCUCCCUGGGGUCAGGGGUCCUGGUUGCACUCCGUGCUUUACACAAAGCACGCUCUCCAUUUUUGUUAAAUGCACGAAUAGUGCUAAGCUGGGAAGUUCUUCCUGAGGUCUAACCUCAGGCUGUUUCCCCACAGAAGAGUGCCUGCGGCCAGUGGCCACCAGGGGUCGCUGCAGCACCCCGCCCUGGAGGGCGGAGCGGGUGGCAGACCCAGAGCAGCAUGUGGACUCUCGGGCGCCGCGCAGUCGCCGGCCUCCUGGCGUCCCCCAGCCCGGCCCAGGCCCAGACCCUCACCCGGGCCCCGCGGCCGGCAGAGUUGGCUCAGCUCUGCAGCCGCCGGGGCCUGCGCACCGGCAUCAAUGCGACCUGCACAACCCACCACGCCAGUUCGAACCUCCGUGGCCUCAACCAGAUUCGGAAUGUCAAAAAGCAGAGUGUCUAUUUGAUGAAUUUGAGGAAAUCGGGAACUUUGGGCCACCCAGGGUCUCUAGAUGACACCACCUAUGAAAGACUAGCAGAGGAAACGCUGGACUCUUUAGCAGAGUUUUUUGAAGACCUUGCAGACAAGCCAUACACCUUUGAGGACUAUGAUGUUUCCUUUGGGAGUGGUGUCUUAACUGUUAAACUGGGUGGAGAUCUAGGAACCUACGUGAUCAACAAGCAGACGCCAAACAAGCAAAUCUGGUUAUCUUCUCCAUCCAGGUAUGUAGAUGUUAUAUGGAGUUGCUGGAGUAUGAGAAGAGUGUCUUCAUCCCAACAGCUUUCAAAGUGAAGCGGCAGCUCAUGCCUGUAAUCCCAGCACUUUGAUAGGCCGAGGCGGGUGGUUCACUUGAGGUCAGGAGUUUGAGACCAGCCUGGCCAACAUGGUGAAACCUCGUCUCUACUACAAAUACAAAAAUUAGCUGGGCGUGGUGGCGCACACCUGUAAUCCCAGCUACUCAGGAAGCUGAGGCAGGAGAAUCACUGGAGCCCAUAAGGUGGAGGUUGGAGUGAGCCAAGAUCAUGCCACUGCACUCCAGCCUGGGUAACAGAACAAGACUCUGUCUCAAAAAAAAAAAAAAAAAAGUGAACCUCUGGGUCCCCCAGAUCUCUUCAGAGAUAUGUAAUGUUCUCCUUCUUCCAACUACAUAACUCUGUGAGCCUGGGUUUUCUUCAUAUACUCCAAUGAAAACAACAUAUUGCAACAGAUGGAAUGAAGAGACAAGUAGAAGAAUCCAGCUGUUUUCCAUUAAGCCAAACAUUACAGUUGUCAACUGAAGAAUUCUGAGAUUAAUAAAUUUGCAAAGAAGAGCUUUAUUUCUCCUAAAAGAUUGCAGCCUGCAGGGUGGUCAUUCUGACAGGCUGAGAAAUGUAGUCUCUGGCCAGAAGCCAAAAACAGACACUGAGGGUCAGAAGAAUAAGACGGGCAUUUAUGUUGAAUAGGAUGACCAAAUAUAUGUAUUCAAUAAACUAUAGGAGGAGUCAUGAAUAGUCAUGAAAGGAGAAACAUGCACAUGCUCAGUUGAGUUUCAUGCCUCUCCAUGGGAUGCAUGUGCAAAAAUUGGCAGCAUUAGCAUGAUCAGAGGGUGGAGUUUUCUGUCCCCUGACAUCAAAAGGUGAAACAGAGGACACAGAAACCCUCACUGUGCAUCCUCUGUAAACUGGCCAGAACCACUCCAUUGUGGGCAGUCUAUUAUGAGGAAGGAAUGCUGGUUAGUUGUGCAGAAAAUGCAAAAGGAAGGGGCAGUGUCAGAAGGGGUUGAUAUCAGCGGUGCAGCUCGUCCUUCCAAAGGGCUGAUUUCUGUUUAACCUGUAGGAAGGAAAUCCUAAUGGUGUUUAGCAAUGGAGAGGCGGUACAACAACACAUCAUGGCAGGAACUCAGUUUUCAAGGUUUCUCUGGGGUCCCCUUGGCCAAGAGGUGGUGUAUCCGUUUAGUCAGCUGGGCAACUUAGGAUUUCAUUUUUAUUUCUCAGAGUUUUAUAAAACUCUAAAAUAAUUAUUUGACAGCCAGAUGGGAGGGGGUCCCUGGAGAAACUCCAACCAGCCUGCCCACUGGGGUGGAGCCUCAGGAGUUUGCAGCAGGGAAAAGCCUGGUGCCUCCUUUUCCUAUGUGAACCUGGGAUUCGAGCAGCCUGGUGGGAAGCACUCUAGCAGGGGACUCUGGCCUUGCAGAGGAUCCCUGUUCCCCCCAACCCUUUAUUUCCCAUUUUCACUUAAUAAAACCCUGCUUUACUCACCCUUUAAACCAUCUGCAAGCCUAAACUUUUGUGGCUGUGGGAUGGACAAGAGCCUUAUCUUUAGCUGAACUAAGGAAAAGUCCUGCAGUGAUUCCAUUCUUCCCACCAAAUAUGUUUUGUUUUGAAAAUAUAGUUAUUUAUCAUAAAUAUGUCAUUAAUAUUGUUAAAUCGAAUUUAGCCUAAAGCUGCCUCCUUACAUAGUUUAAGCUUGACCUAAAGGUUAUUCUGUACUUAGUAAAUUGUAACCUACCUAGAUGUGUAAACAAGACUGUGACCUACUCUUGUGACAAUCAUUGGAUUUUGGCCAAAGGAGGUCAACUCUUGACACUGCUUUCAAAUAAGGCAAAUAUGGAACUGUAACCAAUCUGGCUGUUUCUAUACCUCACUUCUGUUUCCUGUAUGCCACUUUUCUUUCUCUGUCCAUAAAUCUUCUUCCACCACGUGGCUGUGCUGGAGUCUCUGAGCCUACUCUGGCUGAGGAGGCUGCCCGAUUCUCAAACUGUUCAAUUAAACUCUGUUAAAUUUAA